AUGCAUUCCCUUCGUGAGAAGCUCAAAGAUACCAACCUCCAUGACGCCAAGGUGGGAGCCAUCCACUUGAAAAGCAAGUUAGGCAAGCUCAAAAACCUGGUCAACCGAAACCAUCGCCAUGACGAGGAGCACGAGCAAGAGACUGAUCGGAAACGGACCGCGAUUUGUGAAUCCCAUCGUUUUGGCUCCUUUUUCCCGGAGCGCGACAACAACAAGAUCAAGUGGUAUGUCGACGGCCGCGACUACAUGUGGGCUGUCUCAGUCGGCCUUGAGAGUGCCAAAGAGACCAUUUACAUCGCCGACUGGUGGCUCUCCCCCGAAUUGUUUUUGCGCCGCCCACCUUUCUUCAACCAGGAAUGGCGUCUGGACCAAGUCAUCAAACGGGCCGCUGAACGUGGAGUCCAAGUCUACGUGAUCGUCUACAAGGAGGUGCAACAAGCACUGACCUGCAAUUCCGCUCAUACCAAGCAUGCUUUAAGGGCAUUAUGCCCCCCCGGGACCCCCGGCCACGGCAAUGUCCACGUAAUGCGCCAUCCAGACCACAAUGUUUUCGAGAACUUCGGGGACAUGACGUUCUACUGGGCCCACCACGAGAAAUUCAUCGUCGUUGACUAUCAACUUGCAUACAUUGGAGGCAUAGACCUGUGUUACGGACGGUGGGAUGUCCGUCAACAUCUGCUUGCCGACGUUCAUCCUUCUGGCGUCGUCAAUGAAGUCUUCCCUGGCCAAGACUUCAACAACAACAGAAUCAUGGACUUUCAGACCGUCGAAGAUUGGUCGAACAAUGAACUCAAUAAGACUGACUACGGCAGGAUGCCAUGGCACGACGUAGCCAUGGCAUUGACCGGAGAGUGCGUGAUUGACAUAGCCGAACACUUCGUGCUGAGGUGGAACUUUAUCAAACGAGACAAAUAUAAACGCGACGAAAAGAUCGACUACCUAUGCAUGACUACCAGGUCUAAGGCAGAUGGAUCGAAUCCGGACGAGGAUCUGAUCUCGAUCCAGCGGCCCAAACAUCCCGUCGGCAAGUAUAUCGAACAUCCUAUCAGUCCGCUAGAGGGUAAGGGACUACAGAACGCAGGCUCCGUCCACGCCCAGCUCGUCCGAAGCAGUGACGACUGGAGUAGCGGUAUUCUGCUCGAUCAUAGCAUUCAAAAUGCUUACAUCGAGCUCAUUGAAAAUGCUCAGCAUUAUGUGUACAUUGAGAACCAAUUCUUCAUUACUGCCACCGGCGACCAACAGAAACCCAUCCAAAACACCAUUGGUCGCGCCAUUGUCAAUGCCUGUGUUCGGGCUGCAAAGGAAGGUCGAAAGUUCAGAGUCAUCCUUGUGAUCCCUGCGAUUCCUGGCUUCGCAGGCGACUUGCGCCAGGACGCCGCCAUCGGCACCAGGGCGAUCAUGGAUUACCAGUACAAGAGCAUCAACCGGGGUGAGCAUUCCAUCAUGGGCCAGCUUAAGGCGGCCGGCCUCGACCCAAACGAGUACAUCUUUGCCUUCAACCUUCGCGCCUAUGAUCGCAUCAGCAAAACCGAAGCAUUGAUCCAGCAAGAGAAAGAAUCCGGUGUUUCGUACCAGCAACUGCAACGCGCCGAGGCCGAAGAAAUUAUGGGAUCAGGCAUCCACGGCUACAAAGGCGAGAAAACCGAGAAGGAAUCUCACGGCCCAGGCCACUCGGUAGACGAAGACGAACAACACCGCAUCAUAGACCGCAAGCGCAAAUUCGAAGCAGCCCGGAAGGAACUCGAUGUCCAAGACCCGGUCACCUCAGCCGAAUCUAUUGCAGAAGAUGCUAUGGCCCGCGGCGGCCUUGUCAGCGAAGAGCAUUGGGAAGGCGAUCCAGAAGCCGAGAAGGAGAACUUCGUGCAAGAGGAGCUCUACAUUCACGCCAAGGUGCUCAUCGUCGACGACAAGACCGUCGUUUGUGGUUCCAGCAACCUCAACGACCGCUCGCAGUUAGGCUCGCACGACUCUGAACUGUCCAUUGUCAUGACUGACACCCGAACAAUCGAGUCCACCAUGGACGGCAAGCCCUACCAAGCGGGUUACCACGCCGCGUCUCUCCGCCGGCAUCUGUGGCGCGAGCACCUUGGCAUCAUUGAGGCUCAGACCGUAGACGCAUCGAAGGAUCCUAACGCGCAGCCACCGACUGUCUGCAUGAAUGAAGAGUAUAGUGGCGAGGAAUGGGAGUUCGUCGCGGACCCGCUGGGUGACGAGUUAUGGGAGAAAUGGAAGAGCCAGGCGACGGUCAAUACCGACAUCUACCGAUACCUUUUUCGAGCGGACCCGGACAACCACAUCAAGACCUGGAAGGACUACGACAAUUUUGCCCCUCGUCAAACCAUCAAGCAAGGCCACCUCCACGAUCCGCACAUGCCUGCCGAGACAGUGCGGAAGGAGCUUGACAAGAUCAGGGGCCACUUGGUCUGGAUGCCACUGGACUUCUUAUGUGAGGAAGAGAUGGCGGAGAAAGGACUUCAGAUCAAUGCUUAUACCGAGAGUAUAUACACAUGA